GCGGCGCGGGGAACCGACGCCCGGGCGCCCCGAGUCGCCAGUAUGUGGAGCGGCCAGCCCCACCCGGACGAGGGCCACCCACCGCCCCUUGAAGCUGUCCCAGUCCCCUGGAAAAGUGUGGGCCCCUGCAAAAGCCACAGGGAUUCAGGCCUGGUGGAGACCCCUGCAGGGAAGGAAGCCCAAGGCGAGGAGGACCCUGCGGCCACCCGGCUGGACAUGUUGCGUCUGCGCAGCUCUUCCAUGGAGAUCCGAGAGAAGGGCUCAGAGUUCCUGAAGGAGGAGCUGCACAAAGCCCAGAAGGAGCUGAAGCUGAAGGAUGCGGAGUGUGAGCGGCUGUGCAGGGUGCGCGGGCAGCUGGAACGGGAGCUGGAGGAGCUGACGGCCAGCCUGUUCGAGGAAGCCCACAGGAUGGUCCGAGAAGCCAACAUGAAGCAGGCGGCGUCAGAAAAGCAGCUGAAGGAGACGCGGGGCAAGAUCGACAUGCUGCAAGCAGAGGUGACAGCCUUGAAGACACUGGUCAUCACGUCCACACCAGCCUCUCCUAACCGCGAGCUCCACCCACAGCUGCUCAGCCCCACCAAGGCCGGACCCCGCAAGGGCCACUUGCGUCAUAAUAGCACCAGCAGCGCCCUCUGCCCCGCCGUGUGCACCGCGGUAGGACACGCCCCCAGCCCGGACAAGGAGGGCAAAGAGGUGGACACGACCCUGUUUGCAGAGUUCCAGGCCUGGAGGGAAUCGCCCACCCUGGACAAGACCUCCCCCUUCCUGGAAAGGGUGUACCGGGAGGACGUGGGCCCCUGCCUGGACUUCACCAUGCAGGAGCUCUCAGCCCUGGUACGGGCCGCCGUGGAGGACAACACACUCACCAUCGAGCCCGUGGCUUCACAAACACUGCCCGCGGUGAAGGUGGCCGCUGUCGAGUGUGGCCGCACCAAUGGGUUCCGGGCCCCGAUUGACACUACAUGUGCCCUGAGUGGCCUGGCCUGCGCCUGUCGUCACCGAAUCCGGCUUGGGGACUCCGAGAGCCACUACUACAUCUCACCGUCCUCCCGGGCCAGAAUCACGGCCGUGUGCAACUUCUUCACCUACAUCCGCUACAUCCAGCAAGGCCUGGUGCGGCAGGACGGUGAGCGCCCCCUGGUGGCCGCUGGGGGUGGCGCCUGGGAGGGGAAGGGCGGGGCGGGGCGGCCGGGCCAACCCCAGGGCUUUGCUGCCCCCCGUCGGAGGAGGACUCUGCGAGAGAGAAGGUCGUAGAUUAGCAAAGCGAUCCGGAAGCUCCUGUUGCUGAGCCCUGUGGAGAGAGGAAGAGCGGAAGGAGCCUCCUGGGCUCUGCCUUACCGGGAAAACCAGCCUGGUGCCCCCACAUACCUGGAUCCAGCUGCUUUUUCCCGUUCAGAAACCUCUCCAGCCCCCCGGGCCUGUAGCGACGGCAUUCCUGUUACUGGCCUGGCCUACACGAUGGGGCCUCCCCUGUGAAUCUCCUCCCCUCUCCCGCCGCGUGGACCUCCAAGUGGUGGCUGGACACGGCUCGCCCACCUCCCCCUGUAGACACUCCCCGCCCUUGCCCAACAGGUCCUCUGUCCACCCGUUGUCCCCCUGCCUCCAUUCUGCCAGGCCAGGGACGGGCCCUGUGCAGGGUCGCUGGAGAGCCCCGGGAGCAGGGGUUGGAGAGCAUUUGCAGUCUGUCCGAGUGUGUGGCAGUGUAUACAUGCGUGUGCGUGUCAGGCUGUGGAGGUGACCGUCACCUCCAUGCCUCCCGGGCUGCAAGCCCCCAGAGUGGAACCUCAAAGAGGUCCAGCUACUCACUGAGAUCUGUCCUCAGGGACUGGGGAGUCCUAGGGUGCCCACCAGCUGCCCUGCCCAAAGCUGGGGGAGAGGCCAGGCCAUCUGCCUGAGGCAACCCUGAGUGGGCACUGAGCUGUCCACCCUCUGUCUGCCUGCAGCGGAGCCCAUGUUCUGGGAGAUCACAAGGCUGAGGAAGGAGAUGUCGCUGGCCAAGCUUGGCUUCUUCCCCCAGGAGGCCUAGGUCAUGGCCCAGGCCUGGAGGGGGGCUCUGAGCUGGAGCCAACACCUGCCCCAGGAGAGACAGACAGAUAGACGGGGUCCUAGAGCCAGCCCUGAGCCAGAAGCUGAACAGAGGGACAAAUGGCCAGGCCAUGGAGGCAGCACUAAGCCGGCAGCAAAUGUCCAUCCCAGGACAGGACCUCAGGAGGUGACCUCUCCCCCCUCGUAGUACUACAGCCACCAGGAGACUUUCAAGAAAGCACCAAAGACCAAGGAGCUGGGAGCCGUACAAAGGGGCUCAGCCCUUGGGAGGGCACCCCUGGGACAGCCAGCACCCCCUCCCCAGUCCUAGGAGCUGCUGCCUGCAGGUGCCUCACUGGCGAGAUCUCCAGGGUAUCUCCGCACCCCCGCCUUUCCUAAGCCCUGGGCACCAGCACCCCCUUGUGGCCAUCCUUCACCUCGUUCCCAGGUGGGCCUGCUGUGCCCAAGGGCCAGAGAGCUAGGAGGAGCGGACGGGGCGGACGGGGGCCUCGCUGGCUGUCUUCCACUCCAUCCUGUAUCUGCCUGACAGUGACCCCAAAACAUUCUUAAGAUGUAUCAGGGGCCCUCCUCUUGCCCGCCCGCUCGACCUUCCUCCUUCCCGCCAGCUGAGCCCAAUGCUGCAAGGAGCCUUCGCCCCCACCACUGCUGGGAGGAUUGGGGCACUUUCCUCCCAAAGUAAAACACAGACAGGCCUCAGGAUGCCCGGGCCUGUUUUCAGCUGUGGAUGGCCAUUCCGACGAUGGAGGCUGAGAUCGCCCAGCCCGGUACACAGGACUGGGGUGGGGCAGGCAGGACCCGGGCCCCUCCUCCCCCCUCGCAGCCUACUCAGUACCGGGGUCCAACCUGGACACAUCCCUCACCACGUCCGAUUUCCUCCUCUGAAUGGAAUGUAACGCGAUCUCUAUUUAAUAAAGGACGGCUUUGUUGGUAGAGGCCA